AUGUUUCCUCAUAAACAGCAGCCUUCUUUCAAGUUUGUCAUUCGUUCCAAAUUGCCAACUGAACCUAGUUCAAGCGACAAUAAGGAAGCAGACAAAGAAUCAGCACCCGUUACUCCUUCAUCUGAGCCAACCACAGCAACGGCGGUUGCUGGGGACACCGAACGAAAGCGCAAACGCAGCGACAAAGAAUCAGUACCGUUGGCGUCGAAAAAGGUGCACAACCAGUUACAAAAGUGGAAUAAGAAAAAAGCCGAGCUCAAGGAACAGACCAAAGAAGAACAAGGAGAUCAAGACGAAGAUGAUGAUGACGACAAUGAUUCGAACAAUAGCAGCAAUCAUUCUGCUGCAGCACAUCAUCAGUUUGCUGAUUUGAAUAUCAUGGCAUGCCUUUUGUGUCAACGCAAGUUCAAGACUCAACAAGAUUUACAGCGACAUCAAGACCUAUCAGAGCUCCACAAGAAAAACUUGGCAGAUCCAGUAUGCGUGGGAAAGGCCCAAAUGAAAAUGCGUUAUGUCAAGAAUGAAGCAGAGCAAGCAGAGGAACAGUUGGCUCAACAAAACUAUCGAAAUAGAGCAGCUGAACGUAGGCAAGCUUAUGGACAACCAGAACGGCCUCCUUUACCAUUGUCAUCCACAUCACCGCCACCUCGUGAGCCAAAACGUCAGCCUCUUUCUCUCACUCAACUACGUGCCAAGAAGCAACAGAUGGCCAAAGAGACAUCCACCGGCACAUCUUUGGAUAAGCCAUUGAAUGAUGACAACGUGGGAGCGCGGAUGUUACAACAAAUGGGAUGGAAACGUGGUGAAGGUCUUGGAAAAGAUGCAUCCGGUAUUGUGGACCCCAUUGCAGCAGAACAAUAUGCACAAGGCGUGGGAUUGGGUGCCGCUCAUGCAAAGCGAUCGGCAUCUCCAGCGAUAGGUGACACGUACAAGGAACGAGUGAGAGAAACGGCAAGGCGACGUUUCGAGGAAGAGUCAUAG